AUGAAUUCUCCUGAGCCUUCUCAAUGUCCUGACAAGUUUACCAUUGCUCUGUUUGGAGAGAAAGCUGAUUUUGUGAGAAAGAUUGAUAAUAUAAUUCUCAAAGGAACCAACCCUGCAAUGACAAAUGUGAACAACUUUGUUGAGAGAGAGAAUGACUUGUACAGAAUCAUCAGCACUGUUGAUUUUUUUGAAAAAUGUCAUCAACACGACAAGCUGAUUAUUGAUUUCAUGGCACUUUCUGAUCCUGGGCCUGAUCUCUUCAUACUGGCAAUCGAUGCAGAAAACGACCAAGAAGAUAAUGUUCUGGCUCAAAUACUUAAACUUCAAAAUAUCUUUGGAGCCAAUGUCAUACAAAGUUUAAUUAUAAUCUUAGAAAACAAAAAGAGCCGUGGUUUACUGGAGAAUGUGAAACAAAUGUUCUAUAUCCAGAUGGAAAUUGUAGAUGAAACUAAGACUGUUCAGUGUUUAUGCCGCAAGUCAUUCCGGUUUGACUACAACAGCUGCAGUAAGGAUGUUGUGGAACAGCGGAAAAAUGAUCUGAAACACACAAGAAACACAAAGGUUCCACCUUAUAAUCCUGGGAGCAAAGAAGCCAGGAAUCAAAGCACAUCCAUCUCAGAGCAGACUGCCCCACCAGCAGAGGCACCUGGACAAGACAAAGGAGCAACUAAUCAAAAUACACCCAGCUCAGAGCAGCCUACCACACCGGCAGAAAAAGCACGUGUACAAGACAAAGUUCCUUCCAAAACAUCCAACCUGCUCAUAUCAUAUGAACUUAUGCACCCCCACAACAUCAGAGUUGCUGACUUUUGA